UCAGUGGGAUUCCUGGGAAGAAAUGUGGAACCAUCAUCUUCACAGCCGAGGAGCUCAGUAACUGCCGGGACAUAGCCACCAUGCAGCUCUGUGCCAACAAGCUGGAUAAAAAGGAUUUCUUUGGCAAGUCCGACCCUUUCCUCGUCUUCUACCGGAGCAAUGAGGAUGGGACGUUCACCAUCUGCCACAAGACUGAGGUGAUCAAGAACAAUCUGAACCCUGUUUGGCAGCCGUUUACCAUCCCUGUUCGAGCACUCUGUAAUGGAGACUAUGACAGGACAGUCAAGGUGGACGUUUAUGAUUGGGAUAGAGAUGGGAGUCAUGACUUUAUCGGAGAGUUCACCACCAGCUACAGAGAGCUUUCCAGAGGCCAAAGCCAGUUUAAUGUCUAUGAGGUUUUGAAUCCUAAAAAGAAAGGCAAGAAGAAGAAAUACAUCAAUUCAGGGACGGUGACCCUGCUGUCUUUCAAAGUGGAGUCAGAAUGCACAUUUGUCGACUUCAUCAGAGGAGGGACACAACUCAAUUUCACCGUGGCCAUAGACUUCACAGCAUCCAACGGUAACCCGUCUCAGCCUACCUCACUGCACUACAUGAGUCCAUACCAGAUGAAUGCGUACGCCAUGGCACUGAAGGGUGGGGAGAUUAUCCAGGACUACGACAGCGACAAACUCUUCCCAGUUGGCUUUGGAGCUAAGCUUCCCCCGGAUGGCAAGAUCUCCCACGCCUUCCCACUG